GCAGAACUUGAAGCAUGCCCAAGAGCGGGCGGGCGCAAGCGUCGGUCUUCUCGCGCGAUGAGAUUGGCGUCGAGCAGCUCCACUCGCUCAAGGAAAAGUUUGCGGACGGCGACCUCUGCGAAGUCGAGUUCGUCCACCUCUUCCGCGAGACGAUCGACUCGACACUGAGCGAGACGCAGCUCACCGACCUGUUCCAGAAGAUCGAUGCCAACAGCGAUGGCACCGUGAGCUGGGACGAAUUCACCAACUACAUGUUUCUCAGUGGCAGCGACAGCACACAAGCUCAGCUUGGCGACGACAUGAGUUGCCGGUACAUUACGACGCAACCCGAAAAGACGGCCGAGGCUGGCGACGCCGACACGUCGGCGGUCCGCCCCGUGAACAACCACCGCGAUAUCAUUACGCGCAUUGUGGGUCUUGACAAACCGCACUUGUACGUGACGGCCAGUCGCGACGGCACCGUCCGCACGUGGAACGCCAACACGCUCGCGUACCAGAGCACCAUUGCGACCGGCCGCAACUGGAUCAGCGACUGCUGCCACAUGAAGCGCUCGAACCGCCUCGUUGUCUCGAGCAUGAACCGAACGCUGGCCUUCUACGACAUGUCGACGGGGCAGCCGAUUGGCGAGAUUGCAGAGUACUCGAAGAAGCAGUGCAUCCCGCUCUGUAUGGAGUACGUCGAGAAGCCAAGUGACGAGCGCGAAGCUCUCGUCGUUGGCGACGAUACCGGUGGCAUUACCGUCAUGGUCACGUCGAACCAAUGGUCGUCGUGCGACGGUCGCCCCGGCAGCCACGCGGUCGAGACGCACGGCUUUAGCACCCGCACCAAGUACAAAAAGCACACCGACUGGAUCACCCGUGUCAAGUGGGUCCACGACAUGCGCGCGAUCGUUGCCACGUCACUCGACACCAACAUUUCUAUCAUUGACAUUGAGCGCAUGGUGCCCAAGUUUGAGUUUACACGCCACAAGAAAGGAGUCUUCGACCUUGUUUGGUCGUCGAGCUCUCGCUUCAUUGCCAGCUGUGGUAUGGAGCGGGACAUUUCCAUUUGGAACCCGUACUCGUCGCAGCGCGCGUCCGCAACACUCAAGGGGCACAUGGCGUCGGUGCUGCACCUUGCGGUCGACGAUGACAAUUUCCAGAUCAUUUCGGUCUCGUCCGACAAUGUGUUUAAAGUGUGGGACAUCCGCAACCACCGGUGUCUCCAGAGCUUUGUGGACCGCAACAAGUCCACGGGCGGCGCGGACAACCGAAUUUCAGCGCUCCUGUUUGACCGCAAGUCGCCCGGCUUGAUCAGUGCGACGACCCACCUCGCGCGCUGGCCGCUGCGCUUCAUGUCGUCCGAAGAAGCCGAGGCGAACCAGAAAAAGAACAUGUGCAUCGCGUGCUACAACGCGGUUUUCAACCAAGUGCUCACGGCCGAAAUGAGCGACGACGGCGUCGUGCGCACGUGGAGCGCCGAGACGGGCGAAGAGAUCAGUACGUUUAGCAACGCGCAUGGCGCGAGUCCGAUCACGGCCAUGACGUUCGACUGCGCGGGCCGGCGGCUCAUCACUGGCAGCCACGACGGCGCUCAAAUCAACAUGUGGAACUUUAGCAAUGGCGCGCUCGUCAAGCAAUUCCUGAAACACGAAAAAGCCGUCCUCGACACGGAGGCCAACCGUGAACCGCUCGUGCGGCCGCCACACAUUCGCGACAUUGCCAUGCUACCAGACCGCUUCGACGCAGCGAGUGCGGCAAGUCCGCGCUUGCCGAGCCCUGUCAAGCGUCCACUGCACCCGCAGUUUGAAGACGAAAUGCAUGCCCAGGUGCUCGCGACGCCGCGCAAGGCGCGUGGUCAGUACCAGCAGAGCGAGGUGACGUGCAUCCUGGACAUUGAGCGCAACGUGCGCGUCGGCAUGGGCGAGUACAUGUGUCAGCGCUUCGUGUGCUCCGUCGGGUGGGACCGCAAGAUUUACGUCUGGCUCGACGACAACGACGAGGACGAGCCGCUUCCGAUGUGGAUCCUUCCGAGCGACGACGCGGACGACGCCAAGCGACAUACGGACGACAUUCUCUGCGUGGUGUACAUCCCGCCGGGCUUGCUCGCGACGGCAGGCCUCGACGGGAAGAUUCUACUCUGGAACCUCAACUCGGGCGACUUUGUGACGCAGCUGCAUCAGAGCACGGGCAGCAUCGAGGCGAUGGUCUACUGCAACAAGCUCGAGCUCAUCCUCGCGGGCGGCGAAGAUGGACGGCUUCUCUUCAUCGACCGAGUCGCUGGCCAAAAGAACGACGUGGCCCUCAACCACCCCAAUGGCGAGGCCAUUGUCGUCAUUGCGUGUGAUCGAUGCGGCGACAACGUCAUCACAGGUGAUGCAGCCGGCUACAUCAAGAUUUGGAGUCUUAGCGUCGCGUGUGCCGAGAAGGGACUGCAUUUCGACUACUUGGGGCACUGGCGCGUGGCCGCGGGGCGUAUCCUCAGCCUCGACUUCAUCGAGAACACGCGACAAAUCGACAUGUUUAUCCUCGUGGCCUGUGCAACGGCGGAAGUGAGUCUCUGGACGCUCGACGGUAUCCAGGUCGGCAUCUUUGGCAAGCACAAACCGUGGCACCUCGGGCGACCGGCUACGUACGGCUCGUCGACUCCGCAGAUCAUGCACGCAAAACACUCGCACACCAAGCAGUUCAUUCCGAGCCGGUCGAUCGCGUUGGCGAUGAGUGCCCGGCAGCACGUCGAGUCGCAGUUCUCGGACGACUCGAUGCCCAAGCCCGGCGAAGUCUGGUUCUGCAGGACCAACCACCACAAGGCCACGUCCUCGACGGCAAAAGGAAGCGCGUCCGAUGCACUCAUGUCGGCGCGCAAGACGGCGGCAACAUCCGGGGAUGCAACCGCGGAUAUUGUCGAUCUCAUCACGAUCAUCAAAGUGAGCAAGGGCGAGAUCCUCGCGUGGGACGGUAUCUCGCAGCUCACGCCGAAACAAACAACCCUCAAGCUCGAGGACUUUAUCCGAAGCAACAACGCGUGGGCCAAAGAUGCCAUGCUCUCGCAGUGCGUUGGACGCAUCUUCAUGAGCUCCCACCAGCAGACGCCGUACAAGUGUCUGUACAUUGCCAUCAAGUCCCCGGAAAUGCGCCAUGGCCAAGAGGGCGCGUUCGCGUUUGUCGACACGGAGGGCCUCAAGCACCGAACGCAGUCGCUGGACACGUCUGUGGCCACGAGCUCCAAGCUUCGGACUUUAGCGCGCACGGUUAUUUCGGCCUCGAACCGCCUCAACAUGCGCAACCUCGGCGUUCUCCAGCGCGCGGCCGUGAGCUCGCGCCAGGUCGAGCCGGCAACAGCGCCAAGUACGAAAGACCCCGUGGUCGACUCCUCGAGACGCGGCAGCGACCACGCGCUGCUAUCAAAAGAAGCCAUUUUGUCGCGGCCGACGUACGUGUGCUCGACGCUACCGGCGCUGCAGCCGCGCGAGAAGCAUCCCAUGGGCGGCGUCCUCCCCAAACGCUCGACGCUUCGCACCAAGCACGACCCGAGCGCGGACUUUCGACGCGUGCACGACCCGCACCCGAUCCCCAAGACUGCCAAGGAGGUCAUCGAGCGCGGCCGAACACUGGCGCUCGUGCCAUCGCCCCCGCCGACCAAGUCUCCGCGUUUCCAUCGCUCAUAACAACGGCGCCGUGUUGAUAAAAACAUGAUGUCGGCGGCCUGUGGCCAUGGCCUCACUCGUCC